CCGCUAUAAAACCCGCACGUCACUCCCACCCAGGCCAAACACGCUGCCACGAGCCACCCGGAAUAACAAAGCCAGUCCUGCAAGCUGCACCUGCAUCAGUUGCACUCGCUGCACCAUCGUACCCACUGCACCUGCUCUCGACAUUGGUUUAUUUAGUUCCUGAAAAUAAACAGAGCCAGAGUUGACCUCAGAGCCAUGGACUCCGAUACGAGCAGAGUGUCCAGUCGGCCGUCCUCUCCAGAAGAUGAUCUUUUUCUUUCUGCGGUGAGAAAAUCGGCGGGUUUCUCGGGCGCUGUCUCCUCCACCCAAAGCGACUCUCCUCCAGAACUGAGCGGGGACCCGCGCGGCCUUUCCAUCAGUGACGAUCAUCAUCUCGCCUUGAAGAUGUUUUCCAAAAAGGACCGCAAGCUGCUGUCUGAGAACGAGCUGCAGGGUAUCCGGCUGAAGAUCAACAGCCGGGAGCGCAAACGCAUGCACGACCUGAACAUCGCCAUGGACGGUCUGCGAGAGGUGAUGCCCUACGCGCAUGGGCCCUCGGUGCGCAAACUUUCUAAGAUCGCAACACUACUACUAGCGCGCAACUACAUCCUCAUGCUGAGCAACUCACUGGAGGAGAUGAAGCGACUGGUCAGUGAGAUCUACGGCGGCGGAAGCGGAGGAGGAAGCGGAAGCCAUCAUGCCAGUUUUCACCCGUCAGCCUGUGGCACCAUCGCGCACGCCACAGCUCCAUUAGCCAGUCACGCAGCCGCAGCAGCAGCAGCCGCCGCAGCUGGUUCUCACCCGGUUCACCAUGCACUACUGCCGCCUGCAGUGUCCAGCGCAGCUCUCCAUGCCCCCAGCCUUUCUGCAGUCAGACCUCAUCAUGGACUCCUUAAGGCGCCCGCGCCCGGUGCGAGCCCCCUCACCGCAGGGUUCCAGCACUGGGGAGCAAGUAUGCCAUGCCCGUGCAGCAUGUGCCAGAUUCCUGCUCCCCAUGUUCCCACCAUGAGUUCGAUCAGCAUACCAAGACUGGCCAGUGACUCCAAAUGACUCGUGAAAACUUUCAAGAAUACUUACAUUUAGAAAAAGACAUUAAAAGCAACACAGAACUGUUACACUGGACUGAAAGUUUAGAGAGACAGAUCAGUGACACUAACAUAGAUUUUAACUCGAUAGCUGCACUAGAUUUCCACCCAGUUACAUUUUCGCUUAGACUUAUUCUGUCUCUUUUCAGUGGUCAAACCUGAGAGUAAUCCCAAUCCUGUGGAUAAGUGUGUAAAUAAAUGUGUAAAUAUGUAGAGUGUUUGUACAAUAUAAGAGCUUUUAUAUUAGGUUUGGGGUACACUGAAGGUUUACCUAGAGCUGAACUCUUAAUGCACCUGUUGAUCUCCCUCAGUUUUCCUUUAUUUGAUUCUUUUCACAUUAUUUGUUUUAUUUUUAUAUGUUGUACUGGCAUGAUACUGUCCGUCGCCAAAUAUCUUUUUAAUUUUUUUUUUUUUAUAAAAAGGUGAACAAUAUUUAUUGACUUAUUUUCGAUUGUAUUUUAAACAAGGGAUGUAUUGAAAUUACAAAAGUGGAAAAACAAUAAAAAA